CUUCAUUGAAAUGCUGGUGCGUGGCCAGGUCCCUUCCCCUGGGCACAGCGAUCCAGCUGUGCCACGCUGGGGAUCUGCUGAGCCCACACACACAGGAGGCUUUGGGAGGCAUCUCCAGGGUGCAGAGCACAGGUGCAGCUGUGGUGAGGAGGGGCUGAAGAUGGAUUGUUGCUGCUGGGCAUGGGCUGUGCCUCCAAUUCCAGCCAGGGACUGCGUGGGGAAGGUGUAGCAGCGUCUGGAAUGGGGUGCCAGUGCCAGCCUGCUCUGGGCAGCCUCUGGACAUGAGGGUGUGGGUGCUGUUCAAGGGCACCCCCUGAUGUGCACUCCUGGGUGCCCAGGAUCACAGCCAAAGGGACACAGAAAUCCUGGACUCCCUGUUCUGUGCGGACUGACCUGAGCUCUCUGCCUUUGUAGCUGACCAAGGUCCCACCUGAAGAGUUCUAAACUGACAUCACAGUUGCUGAUCAGACUGGUACUAUGUGGGCAAGCUGCUGUAACUGGUUCUGUGUGGAUGGCUCCCCCGAGGAGAUGCAGCCGGCGCCGGCGGCCCGGGCCCAGGCCUACUCCAACCCUGGCUACAGCUCCUUCCCCUCUCCCACGGCCUCUGAGCACAGCUGCAAAGCCUGUGGGGUGCACUUUGACAGCUCCUCCAGCAAGCACAUCUGCUUGGACUGUAAGAAGAAUUUUUGCACGUCCUGCUCAAACCAGGCCGAGGGUGGGCCCCUGCUCUGCCACCUGUGCCAGCGCUUCCGAGCCACGGCUUUUCAGCGGGAGGAGCUGAUCAAGAUGAAGGUGAAGGAUCUGAGAGAUUAUUUGGCCCUCCAUGAGAUUUCCACAGAGUUCUGUCGUGAAAAGGAGGACCUGGUAUUCCUGAUCCUUGGCCAGCAGCCUGCAAUUACCCAGGAAGAUCAGAUAAGAACAAACACAUUUAAUACCAGUGCCCGUGAACAGCAAGACUUUGUGAGUCACCCCCCAGCCAGCCUGGCCUCUCCUACCUCACACGAUGAGUCCUCAGUGUCUGCAGAUCCCAUCUCAAGUUCAGAAGCUCAGGAACACCAACAGGCCAAUGGUCACGUGCCUCCGAGCCCAGCUGAGAAUGCAGCAGAAGAAGCAGCAGCAGAGGAUGAGAUACAGUCCAGUGACUCCGAGGAUAACCUGGUGCUGGGCAGGAAGGCCUCCCUGUCUGACCUGAGCAGCGUCGGGGACAUCAACGCGCUCUCGGUGCGGCAGCUGAAGGAAAUCCUCGCCCGCAACUUCGUCAACUACAAAGGCUGCUGUGAGAAAUGGGAGCUGCUGGAGAGGGUCACUCGCCUCUACAGAGAGAAGGACCUUCAGCAUCUAGUUUUGGACACCGACGAUCAACCUGGUGGUGCUGGGCCCCCCAGCGCCGAGGACAACCUGUGCAGGAUCUGCAUGGACGCUGCCAUCGACUGCGUGCUGCUGGAGUGCGGGCACAUGGUGACGUGCACCAAGUGCGGGAAGCGCAUGAGCGAGUGCCCCAUCUGCCGGCAGUACGUGAUCCGCGCCGUGCACGUCUUCAGGACUUAGCGCGGCUCCGGGCUCGGGGCUGCCGUGCCUUAAAGCCUCCGUGCUCUUAGGGAAAGGGCCAACAUCCCUGCCAACAGCCACCCUGGAGAUUAGCGCGGACCCUGCUGCCAGAGAGGGAAGGAGGAAGCCUGGGGAAAGUGCUCUGCUCAAGCCGUGCCCCGCUCUGCUCAUCCCACCAUCGUGCUUUACACCGCAGUGCCUGGACUCCUCGGAGCUCAUUGCCAGCAAUCAUUAACCACCUCCAUCCUAGGAUAAUUUGAGGACAGAUGGAUGCCCAGCUUUCCACCAGGAAGAUCAGCUCCAGAGGCUUUGUAGUUUCCUCUGAAUAAUAAAAGCGAACUGGGGUCUCAACAAGUGUCCUUUGUUUUGCUGCUCAGGCUCUGCCCAGCAACAACUUGAUUUGCGAAGGUGAAAAUGUCACUGUGCUUGUUAAUUUUACUUUUAUUUUUAAUUUAAUGUUAAAUUGUUAUGCUUGCAGGACAGGCAGACCAUCCCUGCUUUCCCUAAUUCCUAGUGCAAUUGUGGAAAAUGUGUAAUUUUUAAUCAAGGUUGUCAUCGUAUUAUUGAAAAUUGUUGGGGAGGGAGGCUGGGAAGGCUCAGCCUUGCCCUGUGUGCUGGGUUUUUGUU